AUGAGGUGCCUCUGCAUGUCCGGAUUCUCCGAUGCUCUGGACUGGAGGCCCCUCUUCUUCCGAGAGUCCUUCGGCGCACACAGCGCAUGCGCCCUCUGUGGCCUGCUGUCGAAGAAAGCGGUCAGACUGCCCUGUGCCCACACGCUCUGCUUGGAAUGUCACGAGGAGUCCGAGAGGCAAGGGGGGUCUUGCCCACUCGAUGACGAGUCCUUCAACGACGAUGACAUUGUUCGACUCGAUAUUUCGGGUGACUACAUGGAAAAGAGCAUGGUAUCCUGCUGGAAUGCAGCCAGUGGUUGUGACUUCGAAGGUCCGACUUCUGGGCUCCUGGAACACUACAACCAGUGCACUUUCCACACCGUGUCCUGCCCCAGGUGCCAGUUGUCAUUGCUCAGGAAGGAAAUUGUAAGGCACUACAAGGAGGGCUGCAGCGUCUCUCUCACUACACCUGCGGCUGAUACAAUCUGUGGAAAUCUGGAUUAUGAUGAUAUAAAACAGACAAGUGUUGACCUGAAAAGGGGAAUGUUGAAGAUAUCUGAGGAGCUUUCCUGUCUGCAAACUAGCUUUAAUCAGUGCCGUGAAGAUCUCCGAACAACGGAGCGAAAGACCAACGAGCAGUUAGCAGCACAAUCGUCGACACUUUCCGAGCAGAUCACCAGAGUCUUCGUAGGGACUCGUGAAUUGCUUUCUACUAAACUGCUCAAGAUCUCCGAAGAAUUGUCAGGUUUACAAGCUUGCCUCAGCGUGUGCGGUGCGGAUGUCAGGAAGGCAGGAAGAAGGACAAAGGAACAGUUGGAAUCUCAAUCGUCGAUACUUUCCGACCAGUUCACCAGACUCUUCACUCAAUGCUCUAACCAGAUAACUGGCGUCAAAUCUGCUAUUACAACCGCAAUGCAGGCCCACCUGGCCGAAGAGCUGCGUAAACAGAACGAAAAACUGAUCAGCGCCACACAGAGUGCGUGUGACGGCGCGAUUAGUUUUUAUAGGCCUGAGACGUAUUACUGGCACUUUAAAGGUUGGGAAGCCUUGAAGACAAAGGCGUCGAAAAAAGGAAAAGAAGAUGCUAAAAGUUCCCCUCUCUACGCAUGUGGCUACAGGUUGUUUCCCUCGAUCAUUCUUAUCAAGAUAGAUGGGCAGUUGUGUUUAGGAAUUGACCUCAGUAUAAUCCCGGGAGCCAACGAUUCAAGACUUGAAUGGCCCUUCAGAAAGACUUACACGCUCGGUAUCGUCAAUACCAAGGACAAAGCAAGGAAUAUAAUUCAUAAGUCGAACCGUAGAACCGAACCGAAUUAUUGA